GCUACUUGAGUACUUCCGCCGCCCUCACCGCCCUUCUCCAAUCCAACAUGGCGGUUUGUUACGGCUUUCGCCCACUUCUUCUACGCGGGGCUCUGCGAGGAGCCUUUGGUUUCCACCAACGGCUACCAGGACCCCCAGUCGCCAUUGUAGGCCGCAGGGCCGUUUGUGUCAGAGCACCGGGCGCGGUAAUAGAGGAGUCCACUGAUGAAUACUCAUUUGUCGAGCGUCUCAUCCCGCCGACACGCGUCCCCUCUCCGCCCCAGCACGCAGGGCCGACCCCGUCCGGUUGGACACCGCCGGCAGAGUCGCCACCGUCUCUUCCUUACAUGAUACGCCGCUCCCGCAUGCACAACAUUCCGGUCUACACGGACCUGACCCACGGCAACCGUAAGAUGACGUUGGUCCGGAAGGUGGAGGGUGACAUCUGGGCUUUGGAGAAAGACGUCAAAGAGUACCUGAAGCACGUGACCGGCAAAGAACUGGCCACGCAGGUCAACGAGGUGACGAUGACGCUGAAGGUCAAAGGUCAUUUUGACAAGGAGCUGAAGGAAUUGUUGAGCACGAAAGGCUUCUGAGGGACACCUAACAGAUGCCAUGUUUAUGGACUUUAUCAACAGCAUGGCCAUGUUGAUAUUUGUUAAUUUCAAAACCAUUACAUUAUAUAGAUAUAUAGUUCCCAACAUUAUAUAGAUAUAUAGUUCCCAGUCAUAAAAGUGUUUCCAAGUAUCGUGAGUGCAGCUGGGGUAGGCUCCAGCCCCCGUGAAAUUGACGAAGGACAAGCGGUAGGAAAUGGAUGGCUGGAUUUUUAAUGACAAUAAAGUGUUACAUUCA